GCGGCGGCGGCAGCGCCAACGGCCCCGCGGCGGCGGCGGCGGCGGGGGGAGGCGGGCGGCGCCCGGCGCCCGCCCCGCAUCCCGCCGGCCCCGCAUCCCGCCGCGCCGCCGGCCCCAAAUGGAUUAUCUGCGGCUGGUGCUCUCCUGCCUCGUGCCCCUGCACGGCUGUCUGGCCGCCGGCAGCGCCCCAGAGCUGCUCCUGUCCGGCAAACUCGGCGAGUAUGGAGUGACCGUCCCCUUCAGCGCGGACUGCCGCGGCCGCUUCCUCUCGCACGUGGUGUCCGGCGGCGCGGCGGCGGGGACCGGGACCGGGACGGGCCCCGCCGCCUGCCCCCCGCGCCCGCCCCGCCGCCUGCCCCGCAGCCCCCUGGAUGGGCCCCCCCGGCACGGCGCCGCCGGCCGCUUGCUCUACUUCAACGUGACGGUGUUCGGGAAGGAGCUGCACCUCCGGCUGAGGCCCAACCGGCGGCUGGUGCCGCCGGGCGCCGUGGCCGAGUGGCAGGAGGACUUUGAGGUGCUUUUCCGAGAGCCCCUCCAGCAGCGGUGCCUCUUCACAGGCGACAUCUCGGGCAUGCCCGGGGCCGCCGUGGCCAUCAGCAACUGCGACGGACUGGCUGGCCUCAUUCGGACAGACAGCAACGAGUUCUUCAUCGAGCCCCUGGAGAGGGGGCAGCAGGAGACAGAGGAGCAUGGGAGAGCCCACGUGGUGUACCGCCGGUCAGCUAUCCGGCAGGAUGGUGCUGAGCCCCGCCAGGACCUCCACCCUGAAGUGCCCGGUGUGCGGGUGGGUGAUCUCCCCAACUCCCUGGAGCUGAUGACAGAGCGGCUGGGGGACGCGGAUCGCAAGAGGCGCCAUGCCAGGAAGGAUGACUACAACAUCGAGGUCUUGCUGGCAGUGGACGACUCGGUGGUACGCUUCCAUGGGAAGGAGCAUGUCCAGAACUACGUCCUCACCCUCAUGAACAUAGUAGAUGAAAUUUAUCAUGACGAGUCCCUGGGCGUCCACAUCAACAUCGUGCUGGUCAGGAUGAUCAUGGUGGGAUACCGCCAGUCAGUCAGCCUGAUAGAGCGAGGGAACCCGUCUCGGAGCUUGGAGCAGGUCUGCCGCUGGGCUCACUCGCAGCAGCGCUCCGACCCGGAGCACGCUGAGUACCAUGACCAUGCUGUAUUCCUCACCAGGCAAGAUUUUGGUCCCGCAGGUAUGCAAGGCUACGCACCAGUGACCGGGAUGUGCCACCCACUCCGCAGCUGCACCCUCAACCAUGAAGAUGGCUUCUCCUCAGCAUUUGUCAUUGCCCACGAGACUGGCCAUGUGUUAGGCAUGGAGCAUGACGGCCAGGGCAACCGCUGUGCUGAUGAGACCAGCAUGGGGAGCAUCAUGGCACCACUGGUCCAGGCUGCCUUCCACCGCUACCACUGGUCCCGCUGCAGCAAGCAGGAGCUCAACCGCUACAUUCACUCCUACGACUGCCUCCUGGAUGACCCCUUUGAGCACCAGUGGCCCACUUUACCUGAGCUGCCAGGCAUUAACUACUCCAUGGACGAGCAGUGCCGCUUUGACUUUGGUGUGGGCUACAAAACGUGCACGGCGUUCCGUACCUUCGACCCCUGCAAGCAGCUGUGGUGCAGCCACCCUGACAACCCCUACUUCUGCAAGACCAAGAAGGGGCCACCCUUGGAUGGGACCGAGUGCUCUCCAGGCAAGUGGUGCUUCAAGGGUCACUGCAUCUGGAAGACGUCGGAGCAGCCUUACAGCCAGGACGGCAGCUGGAGCUCCUGGUCCAAGUUUGGCUCCUGCUCCAGGACCUGCGGGGGUGGCGUGCGCUCUCGCAGCAGGAGCUGUGACAACCCGCCCCCGGCAUAUGGUGGUCGCCACUGCCCAGGAGCCACCUACGAGUACCAAGUGUGCAAUGCCGAGGAGUGCCCAGGGCCCUACCAGGAUUUCCGUGCCCAGCAAUGCUCCAAGCGCAACUCCUACUACACCCACCAGAACAGCAAGCACUCCUGGCUUCCCUACGAGCAUCACGACGAUGCUCAGAAGUGUGAGCUGAUCUGCCAGUCCAAGGGAACAGGGGACGUGGUGUUCAUGAAUCAGGUUGUUCAUGACGGUACCCGGUGCAGCUACCGAGACCCCUACAGCAUCUGCGUCCGGGGCGAGUGCGUGCAUGUCGGCUGUGACAAGGAGGUCGGUUCCCUGAAGCAGGACGACAAGUGUGGGGUCUGCGGGGGGGACAACUCCCACUGCCGGACAGUGAAGGGCACGCUGGCCAAGACCCCCAAGCAGCCAGCAGGUGUUUUGAAGAUGUUUGAGAUUCCAGCUGGGGCAAGGCACCUUCAGAUAGAAGAGAUGGAGCCGGCAUCUCACAGCAUUGCUGUUAAGAAUCAAGCCACGGGUAACUUCAUCCCUAACGCCAAGGGCAGAGAAGCUAAAAGUCAAGUGUUUAUUGAGAUGGGCUUGGAGUGGGAAUACACCGUUGAACAUGGCAAGGAGAGCCUGAAAACCAGUGGUCCUCUGCACGAGGCCAUCAGUGUUUUGGUCAUCCCUCAGGAGGAGGAGGCGAGGAGCAGCCUGAUGUACCGGUACAUCAUCCACGAAGACCUGCUGCCCAUGAUUGGAAACAACAACGUCCUGCUUGAAGAGAUGGAUUCCUAUGAGUGGGCCCUCAAGAGCUGGUCUCAGUGCUCCAAGGCGUGCGGAGGAGGCAUCCAGUACACCAAAUACGGCUGCCGACGGAAAAGUGACAACCGGAUGGUGCAUAGAAACUUCUGUGACAAUGGCAAGAAGCCGAAGCCGAUCCGGCGGCGCUGUAACAUCCAGGAGUGCUCCCAGCCAGCCUGGGUGGCUGAGGAGUGGGGUGCCUGCAGCAGGUCCUGUGGCAAGCUGGGGGUGCAGGUGCGGGCGGUGCAGUGCGUGCAGCGCCUGCAGGAUGGCACCAACCGCACCCUGCACACCAAGUACUGCCCUGGGCAGCGCCCUGAGACACGCCGGCCCUGCAGCCGCCUGCCCUGCCCUGCACAGUGGAGGACGGGCGCCUGGUCGGAGUGCUCGGCGAGCUGCGGGGAAGGCGUCCAGCAGCGGCAGGUGGUGUGCAAAGGCAGCGAGAGUGGUGGGCGCUGCGAGGGUGACAAGCCGGAGGCUGUCCAGGGCUGCCAUGUGGCCCUCUGCCCAGGGAAGGGCUCUGGCAUCACGGCCAGCACCGAUGCUGGUGACCAUGGCACGCCCAAAGUGCAGCGAGUGCCCCAGGAUGGGACCAAAAACCCUGUCAGCAAGAUCUCCUCCAGGGAGCCUUGCCUUGGGGACAAGUCCAUCUUCUGCCAGAUGGAAGUCCUGGCUCGCUACUGCUCCAUCCCUGGCUACAACAAGCUCUGCUGCGAAUCCUGCAGCAAGAAGGCCUCCUCCACCACUAGUUUGCCCCCCCCCACCGGCCCCAGUGCUCUCCGGGGCACCGCUGCUCCCAGCUCCACCAUCGCUGCCUGGGGGGAAACUGGUGGGAACCCCACCCCAGCACCUCGGGCCGAGCCAGCUGGUGGCAGAGGGAUGCCUGACAGCGGUGCUUUCCCUGGGGGGCUGCCAGCCCCCAGCGAGCUGGGCAGGGGCCGGGCAGCCAGGUAACCCUCUUGGGACCACCUUGCCAUAGGGCAGGGGAAGCCUUUUGCCUCCCUCCCUCCCUCUCUCCCCUCCUCCCCCUCUUCUCCCCCACCCCCCAACUUCCAGUGAUGGUUUUCGUGGGUGGCGUAGCCAGGUUUGGAAAUGACUUGGCUCACCCAGAAAUUCCUGGGAAAGCCACUUUUUUUCUCAUGAUCUCCCUCACCCUCCCCUGCUGUGGCAUGUUUUUUUUGACAGUGCCACAGAAAAAAAGGUGAAAAGGAGCAAAAAUAGUGACAGGAGCUUGGCUGCAGUUAGAUGGGCCGCUUCCUCCCAAGGUGCUAAAAAGAUUUGGGGGGAGGGGGCUUGAAUGUUGAUUUUUUUAUUGCCCCUGUCCCAAGCAGCAACACAAGAUGUGCUGGAGAGGGGGGUCCUGGCUCUGCAGUUCAGCCUAGCUGCUCAGAGCUUGAGGGUAGCAAUGGGAGGAUGCUGGGAAUCUGGGGGGGGGCAAGGAACUGGAGGGAGGUGGUGGGGUGCGUUGGGGGAAGUGUCAGGGAAUGCCCAGACUGCUGCCCUGGGCUGUCCCUGUUGGGGUAGAGAGUUUGGGAAACAUGUCUGGGGGAAGAUGGAGUGUGAAAACUAUAGACCGGAUUCUGUCCUGCAUUGCAGGAUAGGCAGGAGGAGGUCCAGGCAACCCUAACAUGAGCAAUAAGAGCAAGAUCAAAGACCAAAAAUACAUGUAAAAAAUGCCUGUCACCUGGCGGUGACUUUUUAGCCAAUGAUGCCCUUGGCCAGCCUUGAGCUGAUACCAAUGCCUAGCCUCCCCGGGACCACUAGCCUGAUCCCUGCACCCUUGUACCCAGUGCCUGUGGGGCAUCAACAUGUUUUGGAGGAACAUGGGGACAUCUGGGAAGCCAGGAGUGGGUUUUAAGGGCAGUUAUGACAAAAGGAGAGAGGCAGAUUCAUCUGUGUCUUUUUUUGUUGCAUGGGAGGGGGUGAAAGGGGGAUGAUUAACGCUGUUAAAAUAUUGUGCCAAGUACUAAAUGUAUGCACAGCACUUUAGGAGCCUAGGGCUGCGUGCAGCUUGCUUGAUGUCAGGCCUGCUCCAGGCACAGGGUCUGCCUUGAGGAGUUAUAGUCCUCAAAACCUCCCCGGGGAGGGGUCAGGCAGCCUGCUGUGUCCCUGAGGGAUGUCUCCAAGAGGUGUCCCCAGUGGGGCUGCCAUGGUUUCGGUGCUUAGUGGUGUGCAGCCUUCCAGCUGAGGGCAUCCAGCACCUCCAGGUGCGGUGGCAGGGGAAGGUGGGCUUCCAUGGUGGAUGAACGCUGGUAGGUAGGAGGUUCUGGGGACAGAGAGGUGGAAUCAGGGGAAGGCAAGGCUUGCCAGGAAGACCAGUUUGGCAUUGUAAAGUGGGAUCUCUUGGGAGCACGUGAAUGGGUGCGUGCACUGCAGCCUUGAUGGUACUGCUUCCCUGGACAUCUGAGGAGCAGGACGGGGCAUCUCUAGGGGCAGUGUUUGGGAAGCUCUUCAGGUGCCUGGGGCUUGCUUGCAAGGCGGCCCGGAGUGCUUGGCAUGUACUGGGAGGCUGCCAGGUUUAGGGCAUGCUGCUAUUUGAGCCUGGUGCUUUCAGUGCUGUUGGUGCCGGGGCAGAGCGCUGCAUCAAUAGCACUCGUGUGGCUGCGAGGCACUUGAGGUCAGAGCAUCUCAGAGGAGCUCACAUCAGUGCAGGCUUACCUCAGCCUUUGCUGGUCUGAUGUGGAUUGCAGCAGGGAGGAGGCUGAGGUACAUGCUUUAAUUGAAAUGAAUGGAGACCCUGUGCAUUCCUGAUGUUUUAAGCAUUGGACUGCCUCUGCAGUGCUCCCCUGGAGCUAUGCCACAGUACAAAAAGGGCUGAAGAGAUGUUAAGACGGCAGCUUGUGCACCCUCCUGCGCCUGGAGCGCCUCUGAGUCAAGGCAGGAUGAGCGCUUAUCUAACUACUCUUAAAAGCAUCUGAAGCUCCAGGUCCCCAGCCUCCUGGGUGCUGCCCUUUGGCAUUAAUUGGGCUUCACAAAAGGUGGAACAAAGCCCCACAUCACUCUGAGCCAAGCAACCAGCACACCUUGUGGGAGCAGACAGACAGAGGGAUGCCGAUGAAAUUCUGCAGCGGGGUGCCUGGAUCUGAGGUGUGCAGGUAUUGGAAACCACAGGAUCAGUGAGAUACUGUGUGUGUACCAGGGUGGGAUUCAUCCCUUGGACUGUUGAUACCACUGCUGUGCCCCUUGGCGGCCUAUCCACCAGCAGUGCUCUCCAGCUGGGAGUGCCAGCAUUUAUUGUGCCAAAGAUAACACUUUGUUUACUCUUCAAGGCGCAUCUCUCCCUGGAGGUGCAGGUGGGAGGGCUGGGGCUGGCGCAGGGUGUGCCACAGCCUUCUCCUGCUGCUGGGACAGCCCUGGGCUGGCUCGGGGCAGGAUGGAGCUUGUUUUGCCUUUCCCAGCCUGACGCAAGGCUUUUCUCCAGCGUUCAGCCCCCUGUCCCCUAGCAUCGGAGGUGUUGAAUAAAAGCAAAACCUUCCCCCCUCAGAAAUGGGCUGUAAUGUCUCCAGGACACAGCAUAUAUGCAUGCGUGCAUGCCUUCUGAUGCCUUCCUCUCAAAAUCUUGGCUGUACCCCUCCUUCAGUGCUGUCCUGGGCAUUAGUGCUUUAUUGCAUUAGGAAUAUUUGCAGUGGUUCCUUGCUAUACCUCGGUGGAGAGCUGUGGCUGAGGGCUGGCCCAGCCCCCUUGCACCCCACAGCCAGGGUCCCCGGGUAGGCUUUGGGGCAGGGGGGCUGCGCUGCAGGUGCUAACCCCCCCCUCUAGCUGAGAGAGGUGGGUGGGAUUUAAAGCAGGGUGCGAUAAAGCCCCCUCUGCCGCGUGCGGGUGCUCUGGGGUGGUGAUGCUGCAGGGCUGGGACCCAGCACUGGGUAUUUAUUCCGAGUGAACGCAAGAAGCGCCUAAGGCAGGCUGACGUUGGGUUGCUUCUUGCUGCACAGAUGCCAUGGUGUGUGGAAAGCUGCGGCAUGGGGAUGGAGUGCCGCAAUGUACCACCUCCCAGCAGGGAUCUGGUCCUGUCUCCAGGAGGAGAGGGUGCUCCGGUCCCCCACACCCUCUUGCGCCAGGUGUACGCACCAAGUCAUUCCUGUGAUGUAACCUUGUCCAGUGUUACGAUGAUGUAUAAAGUUUUGUACAUACAAGAUUCAGAGCUUUUUAACUUUUAAUAUUUAUUAAUUUUUUGGGGUUCUUUUUUUUUUUUUGGAACUCUAACAUAAUGUAAAAUAAAUAAAUAAAUCCACAUCAAGA